CAUUCUCCGUCUAAGAUAGUCCUCUGUUUCCUCGAGAUUAGUAGAUCGAUACACAGGGAGGGACAGGGGAAAGAAAAUUCCGACAAUCAUUGUCUUAUUCGAUCUGGGAGAGACAGAACAUAAACAGAGAGAUGGCUAUGUCUCAGGUGGUGAACACGUACCCGCUUUCGAACUACAGCUUCGGAACUAAAGAACCGAAGCUCGAAAAGGACACUUCCGUCGCCGACGUCUCGCUCGUAUGAAAAUCAACUAUAUGAAAGAGGGCAUGAGGACUAGCGUUGAUGCGAUUCUGCUGGUACAAGAACACAACCAUCCUCACAUACUUCUCCUGCAAAUUGGUAACACAUUCUGCAAGCUUCCAGGUGGACGCCUGAAGCCUGGAGAAAACGAAGUUGAAGGCUUGAAAAGAAAGUUGACUAGUAAGCUUGGAGGCAAUUCUGCUGCUCUUGUACCUGACUGGAAGGUAGGAGAAUGUGUUGCGACGUGGUGGCGUCCAAACUUUGAAACCAUGAUGUACCCGUAUUGCCCUCCUCACAUAACCAAGCCCAAGGAAUGCAAGAGACUUUAUAUUGUUCACUUGUCUGAGAAAGAGUACUUUGCAGUGCCCAAAACUUGAAGCUCUUGGC